AACAAGAAGAUUCCCACUUGACUCUGUCAUGUGCUAAUCUUGUGAAAUACACUUAUAAAUAGGAAGUCCCUCCCAUCAUUUGGCAAAGCAAUGGGGGGAGGAGGCAUGGACAAUGAAUGCCACAACACCAGCAACGAGGGCGACGAAAGGUUCAAAUCCAAGAACCUCGAAGCUGAGAGGAGAAGGCGCAAGAAGCUCGGGGACAGACAGCUAGAGCUGCGCGCCUUAGUCCCCAACAUCACCAAUAUGACUAAAUCCACUAUAAUCACUGAUGCAAUCACAUACAUUGAAGAGCUGAAAAUGACAGUGGAAGAACUAAGCAACCAUCUCCUGGAAUUGGAGGAGACUAGCGUCGAUGAAGAGAAGAUCAAACUGAAGGAGAUUGACGACGAGAAAGAGAUGAAGAAACAUGGAAUAAAAGUGGAGGUUGAGGUUGAGGUGAACCAUGUCUGUGGGACUAAGCUAUGGAUACGCAUCGUGUUCCAGAAGAAGAGAGGCGCGCUUACUAAACUAAUGGAAGCGAUUACCUUGCUCGGGAUUGAUCUCAUUGACACCACCAUUACUACUUCCAGAGGAGCAGUUCUCUUCACCUCAUUCGGUCAGGGAAUUCGUGGUGGAUUACCGGAGGCAGACCAGAUGAAGAUAUACUUGUUGGAGAUCAUAAGGAGCAUCUAGAGAUAUUAUAACCGCGAUUAAUUCGCAUUGAUUGAUCAUUAAUCCAUCCAAUAAUUAAACACAUUUUGAGAUUGAGGUGAUGAAAAACAGAACAAGUCCAAUACUAAACACUAAUUCUGGACAUGGCCAUUGUAUUCUUCAAUAUUUUUUCUGGUAAAAGAAGUGAACAAAAUCUUAUUUGUUUGCAGUUAUUACAGAGAUGGUUUCCAGGCAAAAUGUCUUUACUAGAGCAUAGUACAUUCUAUAAUAUUCAGACUCAAAAUUGUAACAUGGAUUUAUUACUUCUUAUGUUAAA